UUCCUUUAAAUUCAAUCCAAAUGUGGCGCUCAGCAAAAUCAUCCUUCUCGAGAUAUACCCUGGAUAUGGCUGAAAUUCUUUGCAGGUGCCUCAAAAGUCCGCACCGUGAGAAGGCUCUUGCCAGGUAUAAACUUGACGUCAAACAAACCGAAUACAAGGGGGGUAUACCUCAACAACCACACUACUACACUAACAUCAACGAUGCAUUUAGUAACAAGGGCCAACAACAAUGAAAUAACCGCUCGGAGAAGAAUAGAAUACCAAUGUU